CGCGCGAAACGGGUCACCGUUCACCGUGCGUGUGCCCGUGCGUGUGCCCGUGCCUGUGUGCGCGAUUUCGCCUUUCGCCUGCGGACGAACCGAAAUAAAUCGAACGACGCCGAGACGAGAGUCGAUCAGAGAGCAUCAGAGAGCAACGAUCAGCAGUCACGGUGUGUGGUUCGCUGGACGUGCAAGCGCGUCUCGCGUAAUUUAGUAAUGAUCGUGACGAACUGUAGCCGUCGCCGUCGUUGUUUGUGGCACAAUCGUACAGAGACGAAACAGCCGUGAUCCGUGGUCGUUCGCGCUCCGAGGCCCGAGCCGCGAGAGAGUAGAGAGAGGAGGACCGAGCAACAACCGCGUCGUCGUCGCACGCUGCUGCAGCGGUCACGGAUGCAUAUGGAGGUGUCCCCGAACCGGCGCUGUCUGAACCAGCUCAACAGCUGAUCGGAGCACGAAGCGGCGGUGAACGGGGCUACUAUCGCACCACCACCCCGCGUUUCGGAGAGAAAUUCGAUUUCGUGUCCGCUGAACGUAAAGAAAAGAAAGGGAAAAUAAAUAAAUAGAGAGAAAACUCUAACGCAAAUCUCUCCCUCUCUCUUCUCUUCUCGCGGAGAGAAAGAGAUCUGUAUCCUUGCGCUGCUAGGAUAGAGAAUAGCAGCGAGCAAGGGCAAAGUGUGUCCUCGCUCGCUUGGAUACGCCAAGCCACCAUGGUGAAAACUUUUCAAGCGUACCUACCUUCCUGUCACCGCACUUAUUCGUGCAUUCACUGCCGUGCUCAUCUCGCCAAUCACGACGAACUCAUCUCUAAGUCCUUCCAGGGCAGUCAAGGUCGUGCCUAUCUCUUUAAUUCCGUGGUGAACGUAGGUUGCGGACCUGCGGAGGAGCGAGUUCUGUUAACUGGGUUGCAUGCUGUCGCCGAUAUCUAUUGCGAAUGUUGCAAAACCACGUUAGGAUGGAAAUAUGAGCAUGCGUUCGAAUCAAGUCAAAAGUAUAAGGAAGGAAAGUUUAUAAUCGAACUUGCGCACAUGAUCAAGGAGAAUGGAUGGGAAUGAAGAGCGGAGGGGAAUAGAGAGAGACAAGUUCUCCGUGCCUCUCGUCAAACUUUUCCUGAUAAUGCCUACAACGUUGUUCUAAUUGCAAUGUGCGGCCCCUCUCUAUUCGAACCACCAACGAAAGUCUGUGAUUUCAUUUGUGAUUUAUAAUCUUAGUAAUCUUCGUUUCGGACGAUUCAACAUCGGUUUGCUUCUGAUCAAAUCGAGCAAGCGAAGAAGGCGAUCGCAGCGAUCCGUAUUCGCCGGUGUGGACACAUUUCACCAAGUAUUGUAAAGAAAUUAUUUUUCAAUGGAAGAAAAGAGUAGAGUAAUAAGACGAUAAUGUCGAGUAAUGGUGGAAUAUGAUAAUGAAGGUGCCAUGGUGGAGAUAAGGAAGCGAGAUCGCUCGGUACGAGCAGUGGGGUGCCCCCCCUUCCUAAUUUUGAUCCAUUAUCUUUGUAGACAUUGCGUGGCAUCGUGUGCAUGUCAACACUUAAUGCUAAAAAUUAAACGUGCGGGGCACCCCGACAAUCAGUUUUAUCUGUUUUACGCACCGGAACAGCGCAAGUGCCACAAACUUUGCCGGACUGAUUGCCUGCCUGCCGCGUCUGUCAUUGGAAUUUCACUGCCGAUAUUCCUAAUAUUAAUUAAGGAAACUACGUUGUAUUUAGAAACAGCGUAGCGAUAGUCCUAGAAUUUAGCAUACAUUAUAGAGUACUAAAGCCUAUAUUACAUUAUUAUAGGACCUCGUGGAUAGAGAAAAUAGGAAUAAAUAAGAAUAACGGAGGCAACAAGAGCAGAGAAAAGAGAGAAAAAGGAAAGAAUUUGAGCGAGUGAAUGAAAGAAGUGUAAGAGGGGCGAUAGCAUAGAAAAACGUGGUCAAGUUUUGUGUCACGUGUGUAUAUUUGGUUUUAUGUUCAUCAUGCCUGCCAAAUUGUCUGUAAUAUCAUGUUGUAAUAUGUUUAUCCUCUUCAUCGGCUGAGUAGAGUGCAGUAUGAUUGAAUUUUUCGUUGUGAAAUCUUGAAGAUGUGUGUGUGCGUGUGUGUGCGCGUGUGUGCGCGGGCGCCUUCCUAUAUGCACGUAAUAUGAAAUAUAUCUGAAAUAUAGAGGAAAGAGCGAUUGUUCGUUUCUUUUAAAAUAUCGAUCUCGUUCGUAAAUAUUUUAUAAGAUCCAACUGUGUAUUUACGAGAUUGUUAGUAAUGAUGGUCACGGUUCCCCACGUAAAAUGAUAGUCCUUCAUCGAGGAUUAAUCUAUAUUAAUCAUCAAAUAUAGACAAACGUCCGCGAUCGAAUAUCUAUAAUCGAGUUGCCGUUUUCUUAUAUUACAUUUAAAUGCAUUCUUAUGCAAUGUAUGGUUCUUGCAUAAAAGGUUCUUCUUCGGGAUAUUACAGGCUAAUUAUAUGAAUUUAUCAUUUUUGCUAUAUUCCUUGACGAGUUCUUCCGUUGCUAUCUUCUUGUUAUGAUUAUAGAAACGAGAGUUGAUAAAAAUUUUAAACUUAUCAGCAAUUAUUAUAUUUAAUGGCGUUUGCACUUAUGCUAUUAGUGAAAAUCGGAUAAAUACAAGUUGCGUUUCUCUUUCUUACUUUCUCUCUUUCUCUCUGUGCAUGAUACUUAACAAUUAAACUAAAAACUCGUAUAAAUUGUUGCGUUUAAUCGACUUUUGCAUAGAAAAUUGUUUUUCUUUCACGUGAGUGUUAUAUUAUUAACAGGAAGAUAGAGUUAUUGUGUUUAUUCGUUAAGCGAUAAUCCGUUUAUAUUGUACGAAAUACUUUGUAUGAUAUAUCAAUGCUCCUCUCGUUUCCCGCACCGUUUUCCACAAGAUCACGUGUAGGCAAGACAUACGUUUAUCUUUAAAGUGCAUCCAUAUGAAAGUGCAGUGUAUUCAUGCGUAUGUAGAAAAAUGUCUGACCGUCUACCUGUUCGACAGAUUGACCGAUUGACCGACUGAUCGACCGAUAAAUGAACGAACGGAUGAAUGAAUGUGCCGGCCUAAUAUUCACGCUGUCACUCAGAGUACUUUUUAUAUUAAUGUGCCGAUAUCUCCUUAUCCGCACUCACCUCUUUUCAGAACCUUGUUGAAAUGUACCUAUCGACACUAAUUCCGUAGUCUUCUCAGCCUCCACAACUUCCACCAUCACAGGAUUUUGCUUUGUAAAACGUGUUCUUAAUAAAAUAAAAAAAAAUCCGCAAUGUAUUGAG